AUGAUGGCGUCGAGCGGUGCGGACGGUAGAUCAGCAAAAUCACCAGAGGUACAAUCUGAUCGAAUGACACAAGAUCAUCCUAAAUCGAUCAUCUUGGAGCCAGAUCAUUCACCAUAUGAACAUAGAGACGCAGUGGAUUAUUGGAGAGAAAACCAAGCCGAGUUGGAGAAGAGAUAUGGAUCGUAUCUAAUGGCGAAAACGAAGACUAAAAAACGCAUUCCUCGUUAUUAUUUUAUCAAUAACAAGCGUACAAUACUGAUUAUACUUCAAGGUGAUAUUAUUCAAACAAAGGUCGAUGCCGUUGUGAAUGCUGCAAACGAGCAUAUGACGGGUGGUGCUGGAGUCGAUGGAAUGAUUCAUAGAGCUGCCGGAGAGAAACUUUAUUCAGCUUGUGUUGCUCAUAAACAAAUUGAAUCGGGUGUUCGUCUACCAACUGGACAUUCACGUAUUUUGUUGAGCUAUAAUAUGUCAUCGACAACUUACUAUAUCAUCAACACAGCUGGUCCCGUAUAUAAUAGCAGGAAAGUUUCGCAAUGUGCUGACCAACUCUCUUCGUGUUACAAAACGGCACUUGAUUUAGCCAAUCUAUAUGACCUCGAAUCCAUCGGCUUUACUGCUAUUAGUUGUGGGAUAUUCGGUUAUCCAGCAAAUGACGGCGCUGAUGUUGCCCUUCAAACAAUCGAUAAAAAUGCCGGCUCAUUACCGUUAGUUGUAUUCGUCCUUUGGGACGAUCAUAUAUACGAUGCAUGGGUGAAGAAAGCUGAGGAAUUGAAAUUUGCGCCGUUCGAUCCUGUAAAACCUGCAUCAGAAGUUCUCCCUAAAGAGGAACCGGAGACAAAAGUCGAAAAACAAACUACAGAUGAAUCGAAAGCAAAUGACGAUGAUUUCACAUUGAAGGACAUUAAAAAUGGUGAUUCUUCGACUCCUGACACGCCAGAAAUUACGUCUAAAGAUGAAGUCGCAUCAUUAGUCGAUCGUUUACCUUCUAUUCCACAUGACUCAAUCGAUAGUCAACAAACACAAACUGUGGACGAUGAUAAAGAUGCAAUGGAUGUUGGCCAUGGCCAAACAUUGGUGUCUCAAAACACAAUGGAAAUGGCCAACUCAGAUUCUCAGCAAGGAGAAGAAUCCAAACAAGUACCUGAUGAAACAAAAGUAUCGGAUACUAAGGACGAUGAUGAUGAUGAAUCUAAAAAGCGCAGAGGAUCAAAUUUUACAUUCUUAAUCUCAAGAUGGCUAACAAGCAGACACUUCGAACCCGCGUGCUCGUUAUGCAAUAUGCCGACGGCAUGGCUUGGCUCAUGGUAUCAACGUGGCAUGAACUCACUAUUAAACAUCACUAUCGAUCAUAUCGAUACAAAAGGGCGUUGUAUCGAUGUACAUCCUAGUGAACAAUAUUACCUUUUUAAUGAUCGUAUCAAUCGCUGUACGCGAUGUCUUUUACUUAUUGAACGGCAUAAAAAUCUAUUGCAAUAUCGUGAAAGUGAAUGUAGUGAUGCAGAUGAUCUAUUGAAUGUUACUUCAUGUCCGAAUAUGAUUGCACCCGAUGCGGCUUUGUAUACACUUCAUCGAAAUGAUGCUCAGCCACAAUUAUGUCCAAUUCAACCGCCAUUGCACUUGACAAGUUUAACGAAAGACGGCUCGACAUGUCACCAAUCAUCACUUUCAAAAUCAUACAUUAGUGAAUGUGCUAAUGAUAAUCAAUUUCAUCUUCAUCUUGCUUGUUCAUCCCAUCAACGAACUCUUGACCUGCAAUUGCUCUGCGUUGGAACAUGGAUCGAUGGUUUUCACACUUAUUUUGUUACACGCAUUCUAUCGAAACCACCAAACAUUGACAGCCAAUACGCAUGCUUUCAUCUUGUAACCAGACAAGAAGAUCUUUCCACGUCCGUUUCAUUGAGUAUGGCAACCGAUGAUUCAUGUCGUGAUCUCAAUUCGAAGUACAUGCCAAUAAUAAUGACAUUAUCAUCGCCAAAUCGACACAAAGAAAAUGAAUCUAAUAGAACAUGUACAUUUCCUGAAGAAUUUCAACAAUCGAAUUGGUACUCACUUAACCGAUCAAUUCAAAUGAUCAUAAAACACACUGAUAUUGAAUUAGUCAAUUUCAAGGAUAGCGGAUCUAAUCAACGAUUUCAUUGUCUUCAAACUCGACAUCGAUCCGAUUAUCGGAUAAGAUCCUUCAACAACUGCCAUAUGACUGAAGAAUGUCUGCAUAUUCACCGACGAACGCAUAAUGUUAUCGAAUUAGUUUUCCAUGAUUGUACGGCGAAUGGUGAUAAACGAAAAGUCACAUUUGUUACUAAGUCACGUUAUUUCACAUCGUGUCCAACAUCCAUUGGCCAUUUGUUACUAGAAACCAAUCAUUAUCAUCAUCAUCGACAGAUUAUUCUACGAAAACAAGCAUUUCAAAUGUCCGUCGGGUGUGAUAAUCGAGAAAAACUAAUGAUCUACCAAACGGAAAAAGAUCCGGAAUAUCGUUUACUAACUCAAACGGAUACUUGUCUUGCAUCUUGGCAAUCUGAUGAUCAUUCAACAAUCUAUCUCAUUGCUCAAUCCAUAUAUUCGAACGCUAGCUAUUGUCUCAGUUUUCAAAUGAGUGAUUCGAUUAUUAUUCGAAACAAUAGUCACGAUUGUUCAUUUAACAACUUAAAAGACGAAACUUCAAUAUCGAUUUAUUCAGCUAGAUUACUCAAUCCAUGUUCUCAGUCAACACAAAUUCGUUUUCAACCGAUUGUUUUCUACCUAACUAUGUGUGUUCUCUUGAUCAUUCAUUCCAAACAGUGA